UUUUUACUGUAUAUGUAUAUAGAUUUUGAUAUACAAUAAAUACAGAUUUUUAUAUGUACAUAUAUACAUACAUAUAUGUGCGUCCGCGUACAUUUAUUUUUUGUUUAUUUAUUUAGCAGACUGCUAAUUCGUAGAAACUGCGUUAUUCUUUGAAUCUAUUGAUAUGAUUACGCGGGCUUAGGUUACGGUAGCUUCGGCGAGGAAUCUACCAGGUACAUCAGUCGGACGAUGAUCGUCGUCCAAGUUAUAUCUCGGGAAAUGACAGGUGUACUAUAUGUGAAAAUGGGUUUUGUUUAUCCACUGAUAGUUACAUUAACGUUACUUUAUACAGGUUUGCAAGCAUCGGAAGCAUAUGACUGGGGAUAUUGGGGCAGAAAUGGACCAGAAAACUGGCCAGGAAUAUGUAAGACGGGAAAGAGGCAAUCGCCAAUCAAUAUCGUGACAGAAGAUGCCAUAAGACGUGAUCUGGGUGCUCUUAAAUUCAAUCGAUACGAUUUCGCGUUUCCUGCCACACUGUUCAAUAACGGCCAUUCUGUGGAAGUUCGAUUAGACGGUGUACCACUCCAUCUCAGUGGCGGAAGUCUGUCAUCGGUAUAUGUUCUGGAGCAAAUGCAUUUUCAUUGGGAUGCAGAGCAUACCGUGGACGGUUUACGUGACCCAUUGGAAUUGCAUUUAGUGCAUUACAAUAAAAAGUAUUUGAAUUUAGAGGCAGCCAUGAAAUUCGAAGAUGGAAUUGCCGUAGUCGCUGUUCUAUUUAAAUUGAGCGCUGAGGACAAUCAGGAUCUGUCGCCGAUUGUAGAAACGACGAAGAUAGCAUGGCAUAAGAUAGGACACAUGACCCAUAUAAGACAUAAACAGAUACCUUUAAAAUUCUUACCGAAAGAUCAUACGACGUAUUAUCAUUACGAGGGAUCUUUAACAACACCCACGUGUAACGAAUCUGUAUUGUGGUUUGUUAUGACUGAAAAACUUAAAGUGUCAGAAGCGCAGAUGAACGUAUUCAGACAAGUGGAGAGCAUUAACGGCACGCUAAAAUGUAAUAAUAGACCCACUCAAAAUCUCGGUAACAGAAAGGUAUAUCAUCGUCUAGAUGGAUACUUUGACGACUCUUCAAGUAUCAAGCCGAAUGCUUGCGCAGUUCUUAUUGUUAGUACUCUUCUAGCCAACCUUUUACGCGGAAAUUUGUAAUAUGAAAUGAUUAAGCACCAAGCCGGACUUGAUGUUACGUACGAUACGAUAUGACUACUCUGUGAUAUAAUUUAUUGCACUGCUUUGAAGAACGAGACGUGCAUUUAUUAUAAUGAAUGUCAUACGCUCGUGUAACUGAAUUAUUUGGAAAACUAUGCGUUUUACAGAAACGUACGCAGUGAGAACUGUAAGAUUAUUAUCAACGACAAUAUGUAGAGAGAUAUCAUUUCUUAUUUUUGAUGUUAAAAAUGUUAAAAAAUUUUAUCAAUUGAUAUGGAAAGGAUAUAUUUUAAUAUGUAGAAAUUAUUUAUUUUAUUGAAUUUUUAUUUUUACACCAUUUCUAAAAUACUUUUAUUAAGAAAUAAAAAUUAUUGUAUAAAUCGAUUAUGAAAUUGUGUUAUAUUAACUAUAGUAUAGAUAAGCUGGCCUCAAAUUACCUAAUAUUAGUAAUUUGUUCACCAUUUUUGUACGUUGUAGAUCUAUUCGUAUAUUCCGAUAGUAGGGUAGGAUGGGAUGUUUUAUGUAGUUUUUUUGCUUGCCAACGUUUCAGAAACAGAGAAAGAUAACCGAUUGAUGUUCAUGAAAGGUUUGUGUCUUAGUUUUAAAAUGUGCUAUAAUAAACCUCGAUAGCUUACGUCUAACUGAAGCUACGGGAUAAAAUGUAAAACAAGUUCGACCCCGAGGUAUUUUGUGCAACAUAGUAAAUCCUGCGUUUCUUUAUCGCAAUGCAUUUCUUAUAUGUCUUGAUUGUAUGUUUGCCUAUUAUUACAGUUAUAUUCUCAUGUUUUAGACAAAAUGUCGCGUAAAUAUGCAAAUUAUUAUAUAUCGAAGCAUUUAAAACCAUUGAAGGUACUAAAUUGUUAUAUUUUUAAUACAAAAUAAAUAAAUUGUAUCUUAGUCUCA